AAACCACUCUGAGCUCCCUAAAGCAGCCGCACGCGGACAGUCCCCCGGUGGUACCAUCACCGCAUCAGCGGAGAGACUCGGACAGAUACUGCCAGCUCUGCGCAGCCUGGUUCAACAACCCCAUGAUGGCACAGCAGCACUACGAUGGCAAAAAGCACAAGAAGAACGCGGCCAGGGCCGACCUCCUGGAGCAGCUGGGGAAGACUCUGGACCUGGGAGAGCUGAGAGGGCUGAAGCGCAGCUACACGUGCAACAUCUGCAACGUCACCCUGAACUCGAUAGAGCAGUACCACGCGCACCUGAAGGGCUCCAAACAUCAGACCAA